GGCUGUUAAGUUUCCAUGGCAACUUCAACAAACGCGGUUUUUGGUUUGCUCGGUCAGAUAUCAACUGCAGUUGGCUUUAGUUUAACACUUAUGUUAGCUUCUAGCUACUUCCUACGAUUACUAGCUAAGUAAGUUAACGUUGUUUUUUGCAUUUCGGUGUCUUUAUAAUAGUUGAAAUGUUCAGUUACAUGGUUAAGGUUAGCUAGCUGCUGUAACUUGGCAGGCCUUGCAACAGUCCCAUAAAGCACUAACGCUAGCUUGCUACAGCUAGUUUAGUUACGUUAACCCAGUCAGUUCUUACGACGCUUAAACUCCAUGCAGUGUGACUAGCUAGCUAGCUAGUUAACCGCUUGUCAGCUGAGUUACCAACUGGUCCGCUGCAGUGACCCGCUACUUUUUCUGAUAACACGAGCCAAAUUGACCAGAAUGUCUGACAUGGAUGAAGAUGCAGUGUUGUCUGAUGGAACGUUAGAGGGAGAGGAAGAAACGCAUCAAGAAGGACCCGGAGAGGACGAGAAGUAUUUAGGACUGAAUGACAUUGCCGCAAUCAGCAGUUACACUCACCUCCGUUUUCUGGACAUAUCCAACAACCACCUUAUUGAUCUUGCUCCUCUGGCAUCUCUGACUCAGCUGCUCUGGCUGAAGGUUGACAAUAAUGCAGUAUCGUGCUUCAAAGGGCAACCUUUCGCUCAGUUGACCUACUUGCAGUGGCUGAGUAUGGCAGUGAACCGGCUAAUGGACCUGGAUGGCCUGGUCGGGCCUGCCUUGGAGAGCCUCAAUCUUACAGGUAAUGGUAUUCAGAGAGUGAAAUGCCUUCAGAGUGGCUGUUUUGCCAACCUGGUAACUCUAGAGCUGAGGGGAAACCACUUGGAAACCACUGAUGGCAUCAACCUUCCCAACCUGCGACGAUUAUAUAUGGCCCAAAAUGUCAUCAAGGAUCUGAAAGGUUUAGAAAGGCUAGAGCGCCUUACCACCCUUCAUCUUCGAGACAACCAGCUAGAUACUCUGGAUGGCCUCAGCCCCAACAUGAAGUGUCUCCAAUACCUCAAUGUCAGAGGCAAUGCAAUUUUAGAUGAGAAUGCCCUAAAAGGCCUUGGGCUUGUGUCCAAAACUCUGCGGGCUUUGGUUCUUUCUGAGAAUCCUCUAGUGGAAACGACAGACUACCGGCUGAGUGUACUGAUUCUUCUGCCACAGCUCGAGCGACUUGACAAAGAUCUCGUCUCCCCGGAGGAGAGGACUGAGGCCCGGGAGAGACUCAAGGAACUUAAAGAAGAGGAAAUAUCUGAGCCACAAGAAAUGCAAUGAUGGCCAAAAUGAGGAAGUGUUUGACUUCCUUGAAACACAGGCUUGGUGUAUAUAGGUGGGUGAUGUGAUUGGGUUGUAUGAGAAGCGUUGUAUAACUUGUAUGAUGCACUCUGUAUCUGUAAAUGUGCACAAAUAGGGUUGCUUUGUGUCAUGUUAUUACACUAUUACAGCCAAUCUAUUUUUUUUUAACAAUAAAAUACAAAAUAAAAAUGUCUAAUGCAUCUAUUGAUAUGUACAAAUGCAAAUAAUCAGUCACAAAGCAAUGUGUCUGUGACCAAUGCAUAAGAAAUGAGGGAGUAUUUCUGUUGCUGGACAAACUGUUUCCCUGAGUAAGGAUGAGAGGGCAAAAUCUGACACCAUUUCCCUGUUGGCAGCCAUCCAACUUUAGCUUUAAGGGAACAGUGACAUGCAAUGGAUAUGUAUGGAAAAAAAUCCCCGUAUGUAGUCUUUACUGUCCACCUAAGUA